UAAAUUUUAGAAUUCACAUUUUCAAGAAAACGACAGCCCAACAAAAUCCCUAAGAAUUCAAUCGGUUAAUCGACGGAAAUUCGACGGAGAUCUGUGAUAAUCGACAGAGAUCUUCGCAGGUUGCUCAUAUAUAUACAUUACAAAUUCACGCAAUCUCACUUAUUUUUUUGUAAGAUUAUAUCGAAUGCGUCAAUCGAUAGAGCAAUAAAGAAAGAAAUUAGCAAAGAAGAAAAAAAAAAGGCAAAAGGGAGGUGGAGGGGGAGCGAUGUGGGAAUCGAUUUGCUUAACGGUGGCGGCCACCGCCGGAAAUAACAUCGGAAAAGUCCUCCAGAAGAAAGGCACCCUCAUUCUCCCACCUCUCUCUUUGAAGCUCAAGGUGAUAAAAGCAUAUGCUUCCAACAGAGAUUGGAUACUCGGCUUCUUGAUGGAUAUUUUCGGAGCUGUUUUGAUGUUGCUAGCACUUUCUCAGGCCCCUGUGUCAGUCAUUCAACCCGUUUCUGGCUGCGGACUUGCUAUUCUUUCCGUCUUUUCCCAUUUUUAUCUCAAGGAAAUCAUGAAUGCUAUUGACUGGAUAGGAAUUGCUUUGGCCGGUAUCGGCACUAUAGGUGUAGGUGCUGGAGGGGAAGAGCAAAAGUCGUCUUCCAUCUCGGUUUUUCAUUUACCGUGGCUCGCAUUUGUCGUUGCUUUCUUGUUUGUACUUCUUAAUGGAUGGCUUCGUGUUUAUAGACGCCAAAGAAGAGAACAAGAGUUGAUGCAAUAUGAAGUGGUUGAAGAAAUCAUUUAUGGUUUACAAUCCGGCAUUUUGUUCGGGAUGGCAUCUGUAAUAUCGAAGAUGGGAUUUGUAUUCUUGGAGCAGGGUUUUUCUAAGCUAUUACUCCCCAUUUGCGUUUCAAUCAGCAUUUGCUGUAGUGGUUCUGGAUUUGUUUACCAGACCCGUGGUUUAAAGCAUGGAAGGGCAAUUGUUGUGUCCACGUGUGCAGCUGUGGCUUCGAUUGUGACAGGUGUACUUGCUGGCAUGUUUGCAUUGGGUGAAAGAUUGCCUUCAGCUCCCAUGGCUCGACUAACGCUUCUUCUUGGAUGGCUAUGUAUUAUUGUUGGUGUGAUUUUGUUGGUAACUUCAACAAGGCUGGUUAGACACCUUCCAAGGCCAUGGAGAAGAUUUGCAAGAAAUGGUACAGAGAGGAACUUCGGGCUCAGGCAGACGGGCCUGGCCCGUACAAGAGAUUCUAAUCCUAGUGCGGUUAUCCAAACAACCACGCUCCAUCAAUUAAUGUCGUCGCCCUCAAAAGCUAAAUCUUGAGUUUUUAUAGACAUUUAAAAAAGGGGAAAAAAUGCUAACAAAUUAAAAAAGACUUGUUUCGGCUCAUGAACAUGUAAUUCGUUAGAUUCAACUUAAAAGGCUAUUUGUUUGAACGUUUCGUUGGUUCGUUUGUUUUGAGUGUAUAAAUGUACAGUGAUAAUUGGAGCUAUCAAGAUUGUUUGUUUUCAGCUUA